AAGGAAAUGCAAGCAGCACAGACUUUCUGAUGCGAGAUCAAGGAAACUGAGAGCUGUUUAAUGUUAACGCUUCUUCACAACAUUUGAAAUAUUGUUAACAUACAAAUCGCAUCUCUUUUGCGUAGGAAAAACGACUGACUGUUGCGUUGUCUGAAAACUUCAGGGGUAAAACUGGGUUUGCAGACUCUGGCAAGCUAGCUCCUUCGCUCAUGAUUUCUUUUCCUGUGUAACCUUCUACUUGUGCAGACAAUACAUCACAAUGGGGAAAGGUUGUAAAGUUGUGGUCUGUGGCUUGGCAUCAGUAGGAAAGACUGCAAUUCUGGAACAUCUUCUAUACGGAAACCACACAGUUGGUUCGGAGUCAAAUCAAACCCAGGAGGAUGUGUACGUAGCUUCAGUGGAGACGGACCGUGGGGUGAGGGAGCAGUUGCGCCUGUACGACACUAGGGGGCUCCACGAUGGUGUGGAUCUGCCCAAACAUUAUUUCUCCGUGGCCGACGGCUUUGUGCUGGUCUACAGUGUUGACAGCUUGGAGUCCUUCAAGAAAGUGGAUGCCCUGAAGAAAGAAAUCGACAAGUCCAGAGACAAGAAAGAGGUGACGGUGAUCGUGCUGGGCAACAAGUCUGACCUGCGUGAUCGUCGGCAGGUUGAGAGCGAGGUGGCGCAGCAGUGGGCGCGCGGGGAGAAGGUGAAGCUGUGGGAGGUGAGCGUGGCGGAGCGCAGCUCCCUCAUCGAGCCCUUCACCACGCUCACCAGCCGCCUCACCCAGCCGCAGAGCAAGUCGGCCUUCCCCCUGCCCGGGCGCAAGAGCAAGGGCACCACCUCCAACGACAUCUGAGCUCCCCCCAACCCUAACACACACACACACGCACAUACACGCACACACACACACACACACAAGACUGGGCACUGCUAAGCAAGUCCCCCUGUCCGACCUCAAGGGCACCAUCUCCUACCCGGGCGCCGCCCUAGCGGUGAAGCAGCGCAUUCGGCUCGGCUAGUUCUGAGGUCUAUGGCAAUCAGGCAAACCAUCUCCAACGACAUCUGAGCUUCCCCCAACCCUAACAGACACGCACACACAGACACACUAGACUGGGCACUGCUGAGCAAGUCUGCUUUCCCCCUGCCUGGAUGCAAGAGCAAGGGCACCACCUCCAUUGACAUCUGAACCCCUUACUGUAAUGGCCAUUGAGUUUAGAGACAACAGAGAAAAUCUGCCUUCACCGACUGGAUUCACCACCCAAAACGACAUACAUGACCCCCAAACAUAACACAUUACACAACACUACAUUUGGCAGACGCUUUUAACUGAAGCACCACACACACACGCACGCACGCAAAUCCCAUCCAGACUGGGCACUUGGUCCGUCUUGCCUUUCCUGGACACAAGAGAUGUCUGAGACCCUUACCCUCCUCAACAUUAUCUGACUUCCAUUGCCUUUCACAUCCCUAAACGUGUAAUUCGCCUUGAGCACUCAUUUACCAUCAGCAGCAACAGAUCUGUUUGAUCAUCCAAUCAUCCAACAAUGGACAGCUCAGAGCAAGUCUGCCUUCCUCCUGCCUGGACACAAGUGAAAUCACCUCCAGCAAUAUCUGAACCCUCCCCCUCCACAAAUCAUGCUUUUGCUUUGAGGAGCUGCUCAUUAUGAUUAACCAUGUUACACAUCCAUGUCCCACACCCCCAAUACAGUGUAGGCUACAGCAGGACUAUUACUGUUUAAAUUCAGGAUGGUAGCAGCUGCCUGGAACCAGUGAAAGCAGACGCAUCAGGAACAUCUGUCGGCGGGAUGAUCGAGGGCUUUGAUGGGCCAUUUUCACUUGACACGUAUCGACUCUCAAUGUCGACGUCGUUUAUAGAAGCUAUGCUCCCACAAAUUAUUGAUUUCAAUGACGUUCAUGAAAUAUUUACAUUUAUGUCGAGGUGCCUGAGGAGCAUCAUCCAUUCACUCCCUUUACAUUUCUUUAGUUGAAUGCACUGGAAAGGAAAAUGAAGUUGUGUGCAAUGGACAAGAACAUAUAAGACUUUAUUGAGCACAUCUGUAUGUACCUGUAGUAAAAUGCUGAUGAUGUACAUGUAGUAAGUUUUGUUGCACUGUGCAACAUAAAGGUCAAGUGAAGGUGAUAUUGAUUGUUCAUAUGUGAGUCCUGACAAUGCCCUGGAGAGGCUGUAUGAAAGUGACCUUGUACAAGUAUUUUCAUUUGUGUGUUAAAAUUAGAAGCUCCAUGAUGCAAAGAAAGAAAGCUUUUUGCUGACUGAGAAAUACACUAAAUGUACCUACCUAGCGAUCUUUCAUUCUUGGCUUUUAGGCAUUAUAAUAAAUGUCACCAUAUCCUUUUUCAUAACUAUAAAUAACCUAUGGUAUUUUU